UGAUAGCAAUGUUAGCCUCGCCGCUACAGCUCCAAACUAAAGAAGCAAAAUUCAGAUUUCAGACAUUUCUCAGCCAGUCGACUACAACUGGGCUCGCAGCUCGCCCACUCUCCCACAGCUGGAGGCAGAUGGAGGUUCUGGAGCAGAGAGUGGACACCUCAGCGAGGCACGAAAAACAAGAGGAGGAAGGAGUGCAGGUACCUGAAGGCGGUCGUUCAGCCGGAGGAGAAGCAGCUGCUGUUUCUGUAGCCAGUGCUCUGCACUCUUCAGCUUUCGUGGACCACAACAUCCAGUAUCAGUUUCACCCUGACAGCAGCUCUCCACAGCUGACGUACCGAGUUGUCCAGGUGACUGAUCGGCCCCUGGUGGGCGGAGAGGCAGGGGGUGGGGCAGUGGGCGUGGUCUCUACUGCAGCUUUCAGUGGAGCCCAGCAGGCUGUGAUUCAGAGCCCGUUUAGUAAUGAAGGUGGUCCUGCAGCAGAGGCGAUGGGGGGUGAACCACGCUUCGCUUAUCUCCCUGCUGCUGUAAGUGAUGCGGCCGCCACGGGUGUGUCCCUGCAGCCCAGUGACCCUGCACUCUCACACACAGGAGGCCAGUUUUACGUGAUGAUGACCACCCCUGAUGUUCUGCAGCCAGGCGCUCCACGCUCCAUAGCUCCACGCACUCAUCCGUACGCAGUGAAUGAUUAUGGCGCACAGCAGCAUGAAGGUUUAAACGGAAAGAUGGAGGGCCCGCGGACCCCGAGAGAUGAAAGGAGGAGGGCGCAGCACAACGAAGUGGAGAGGCGACGACGAGACAAAAUCAACAACUGGAUCGUGACUCUGUCUAAAAUCAUCCCUGACUGCAACAUGGACAGCACUAAGACUGGAGCGAGUAAAGGAGGAAUCCUGUCCAAGGCAUGUGAUUACAUCCAGGAGCUGCGGCAGCAUAACCACAGGCUUCAGGAGAGCCUGAAAGAGGUGAAGAGAGUCCAGAUGGACAACGAGAUUCUUCGACAGCAGGUGGACGAGCUGAAGAGCGAGAAUGCUUUACUGCGGGCCCAGCUGCAGCCGGGCGGAGGUGGUGAGCCAUUGCACUGAGCUGAAGAGUAGAGGCGUCUCGCAACAGGACAUGUCCCCCCCCACCUCAACCGGAGGACAAGGAAGCCUACAGCCACACAAAACCAACAGGUGUUGUUUUUUCAAUGUGCUGUUUUGCCGACUUCUCCUGUGGACUGAACCAGAAACUCUGGUAUAAUGGCUGGCUAUGGAACACUGCUCUAAGGCACAGGCAGCCUAUUGGAUGGGGAGCUGAAAGACCGGGCCAUCUCCGCUAGAGCAGUCCACGGACCCCGAAAACCAUUUUUCACUGUUUGUUUAUUCAGCUUGGACUGUGAUAACGGGACACAUUGUUCCAUGCAGUUUGUAUUCGUUUUAGUUGUUUUUCCUUUUUUUCACUACUGGCGCUAAUCUACAAGCGUUUGUAUCGUGUUUAGCUUGCCUUUCCUCAUUUCCAUUUUUUUUUUCUAUCUGUGCUUCUGUUUUAGUAUCAGUUGUUUAUUUAAUGCAUCGUUUCAUAUGCAAUGCCCCCCUUAAGAAAACCCAGCUGGGGCGAGACUGAGGAAGUUGGAAGAUAACAGAAGCGGAAGGAAAAAAGCGCUGAAUGAAAUCUCAUUAGUGUUUAGAACUAAAUUUAGUGUUAAACACAGCUAAAACGCCCCCAUGUAUCCAUCUGGAAAGGUGCUGUGAUGAUAGAAAAUGAGCUCUACGUGUGAUUAUUAGCGUCUUAUCGCAGUUCACCUUCAGAGGACACCUAUGACAGCCAUCGCUUCACACAAAGCAAAACGAUAAAACUCCUGCUCUCAGCUUAAUGGGCUAAAGAGGCUGAUUUGUCUCUAAAAGCUCCACACCUUGAAAAAGCACUCCACAAGAAUAAACUGCAUACAGAUGACUUCUGACAUCUGAAUAAUGUACAAGAACAAAAUUGAAAAGGAAUAAAUAAUUCAGUGAAGUAUCGUUCAGUUUUGCACUGGAGGUACAAAGCUAACGUAGCUAACGAGUAAUGGAAGCUAAUUAGCAUUACGCUUACUGCAUGCAAACCAUAUGGAGUUUCUCUAAUAGACUUGCUUAUGUGGUUUCUGACACUGUAUGAUAUCUAUAAACAUGGAUAAAAGUAGAUGGCAUAGCUAAAAACUGGUAGCAGCGGCAUAAACGCCUGAUUUACACUCUUAAACAAGAU